AUCUGAGACAUCGAACAACAAAUUACAGCAUCAGAUCAGAUCAGAUUCCUCGAAGUUCCACGUGACCGUUCUCAGCCGAGUCGCCCACGCAUCUCAAGUUUCUCAACGUAUACAUCCCCAUCCCCUCCGGAAUAAGCAGUCCCCUCGCACUCGGGGAUCCCGGAACGCAGCCGUACCGGAGAGAGCACAUGGCCUGGGACGCAAAACGUCCACGCUCGACGCCACGACUGCUUCCCAAGGAAGGGGCGUUCCCACAGACGACAUCAGCGCCAGUGAGGGUGAGAAGCAGGGUCGAUGGAUGUGCUUAUCAGUGGAGAUACUGGGUGCUCGUGCUCCUCGCCGCCCUGCUCGCGUUUAGCGCACUGUCCGCCGCUGACAAAUCCCCGCCCAAGUUCCCCGAUCUGUACGAAGCGUCGGUGCUGGAGCUGCAGGCGGGCCUAGACGCGGGGCAUUUCUCCAGCGUCGAUCUCGUCAAGGCGUACUUCGCACGCAUCGCGGAGGUGAACCUCCAGGGCCCCGCGCUGCGCGCCGUGAUCGAGACGAAUCCGUUCGCGAUCGAGCAGGCCCGGGCGCUGGAUGCGGAGCGGCGGAAGACGGGGAAGCGCAGCGCCCUGCAUGGGAUCCCGGUCCUCGUCAAGGACAACAUCGCCACACUGGCUAGCGAGGGAAUGAACACCACUGCGGGUUCCUUUAGUUUGCUCGGCUCGAUCGUGCCGGAUGAUGCCGGCGUCGUGAAGAAACUGAGAAAAGCGGGUGCCAUCAUCCUCGGAAAAGCCAAUCUGUCCGAAUGGGCGCACUUCCGCGGGAACGUCGCCUCGGGCUGGUCGGGCCGCGGCGGGCAGGCCACGAACGCCUACUUCCCCAAAGCCGAUCCGUGCGGGUCGUCGUCCGGCUCCGGCAUCGCUGCCUCGAUCGGGCUCGCGGCGGUCACGCUCGGUAGCGAGACGGACGGCAGCAUCACGUGUCCGUCGAGCAACAACAACCUCGCUGGGAUCAAGCCGACCGUGGGGCUGACGUCCCGCGCUGGAGUGAUCCCCAUCUCCGAGCACCAGGAUACAGUCGGCCCGAUGACGCGCUCCCUGACCGACGCCGCGAUCGUGCUGUCGGUCAUCGCCGGGAGAGACGCGAACGACAACUUCACGCUCGCGCAGCCGGCGGUCGUGCCGGACUUCACCAAGGCGCUGAACGCCCAUGCGCUGCGGGGGAAGCGCAUCGGGGUGCCACGGAGGGUGUUCCUCAACGACAGCAUCACCGGCAACGAUCCCUCGAUCAACGUCGCGUUCGAGGAGGCGCUAAAGACGAUCCGCGCGUUGGGUGCGACGGUGGUGGAUCCCGCGGAUCUGCCCUCCGCGGAGGAGUUUGUGACGAGCAACAACGAGACGCUCGUGUUGAAUGUCGACUUCAAGAUCCAACUGAACAAGUGGUUCGCGUCUCUCCUGAAAAACCCCUCCGGCGUGCGCAGCCUCGCCGAUCUCAUCGCGUUCGACGAUGCCAAUCCGACGCUCGAGGAGCCCGCGGGGUUCGAGGACCAGUCCCAGCUGAUCGCAGCGCAGGCCACGGCCGGCUUCGACGCGGCUUUCUUUGCCGCGCUGGCGGCGGACCACGAUCUGGGCAGCACGCGCGGCAUCGACUUUGCGCUGAAAAAGUUCAACCUUGAUGCGCUCGUCCUCCCCGCGCCCGGAUUCACUACCGCGCCCCCCGCCGUGGUGGGCUACCCGAUCGUCACCGUCCCGCUCGGCUUCUUCCCAGAGAAUGUCACCAUCGGCUCUGCGGGCCCCGAAACGCUGUACCCCGCGCCCGGCGUGCCGUUCGGCUUGUCGUUCCUCGGGACGGCGUUUUCCGAGUUCGAGCUGAUUGGGCUCGCGUUCGCGUACGAGCAGAAGACGCAGACGCGGCUCAAGCGCAAGGCGUUUGCGGCGGCUGUUCCGAAGACGCAGUUGGCGGAUAUCGUGGGCGCGUGAGUUGUGUGGUCAUUGUUUGUGUUUGUGUUGUGUGUCUGUCUGUGCCGUGUUCUGCUUGGCUGCUAUGAACCUUUGGGCUUUCAGUCACGGUUUAUGAUGCGGUGCGGCGUUUGUUAGAAUGUUAGAGGGAGGUGAGUUUGAUGGAGCAUGAAUCGAGGAGCCAGACGACAUUGUAUGUAUGUGGAUCAUCGCAUACCUGUCUGUGCUAUUCCAACCGUGCGAAAUCAGAACUUGAGUGAUGGGACGUUCGAAAUCAGGACGGUAGUUGCAUCAAACAUACUGACGAUUUCCGAUAGCUGAAGACUGAGACCACCGUUGCAGCGUCUUGCAAUUAACACAGCCGGGAGGUGAUACGGAUAGCGGUUAUCUCCACAUGUCAUAAUCUCGGGAUCACACUCUCCCGCAAUCAGUUUCAGUCUUCAGCGCAAAAUACAACAGACAGUCGCGUUGGGACCAAGAUCCGCC